GAGCAGACGGGAGAAGUACGUGUGACAUCAGACGAGGUGGCGCGCGAGGGGUGGAUCGGGGAUGCAAUUGUGUGCUGUGCAUGCGAUAUUGUCGUCCGUGUGAGCCCUCGCUAUAGACGCGUCGGUCGGUAGUGCGCGUAACGUAACGUAAAACAGCGAGGCGAGAACGUGGAGCGGGGUCGUGUAGGGGCGAACACUACGUCGCGAAUACCCUCUCGCGCCCGUCAUCGCCAUGGCUCCAUCGUGCGCGUGGUCUUUUCGUAAGAACCUCAACCGGUUCCUCAUCGAUGCGCCGAUCUUGCUAUGCCUGAUCGUGCUGGUGAGCUUGUUCAACCUUUCCCUGUGUCUCUACGAGGACCAAGUCGGCAAAUUCGAUUGGAGGCAGAACUACGUUGGGAAAAUUAAAUUCGCCAGCUUCGAUACGGUAUCCACGGCGAAAAAGAUUAUUGUCGCCACGGAGGAGAACGUUAUUGCCGCUCUUAAUCUAAAAUCGGGUCAGAUAUUAUGGAGGCGAGUAAUGGAAAAAGGUUAUGGCGGUCGUAUCAGAACCCUAGGAGGUAUUGCAGAUGGAGAUUUGAUAUCUGUAAGCGGAGGAGUUCCUGCCAUCGUUCGCGCCUGGGAUUUGGCGACUGGUCACAUAAUCAACGAAUGGCCAAUAGCUGAGCAAAAUACCGACAGGAUAAAAGAUGUGAAGUGGCAUAUCAAAGAUGGAACGUUGCAUCAUAUAUUACCUAUUUAUAAUAGUGGAGUAGAAGUAACAUCUUAUGACAGCAAGACUGGAGAAAAAUUAAAGACUCGAAGAGUUUCCGCACCAUUUAUAAGUCGAGAAACAGAGUGUGUUCUAGCAGCUCCAUAUUUAGCAUGUUUGAAGGGAGACAGUUCUUUAGCUGUAGUAUUCUUGAUACAUUUAUUCGAUACUAAUGCACAAUCACAGUCAGUUACGAUAAAUACAAUAUUCGGAGCUGGCGCACAAGGGCCAUAUAAACUAGAAUCCGUAUUUGGAGAAGGACCCGUAAUUUCCAUUAACGCUGAUAACGAUCAAAGAAAGCGGAUUUUAGUAAUCGGAGAAUUUCCAACUCCCAUACAGAGAGAUAUUCCUGGAGAUGCAACUCUUUAUGUUGUUUCUAUUGAUAAUGAAAAAGUACUUUUAGAAACGACGUAUAAAAAUGGAAGGAUAGAAAUAACAGCCACAAACUUGUUAUCAUCUGUACCUAUACCUGAUUUGUCGGUUACUUUGACUCAUGCUUCUAUACAAUCGCCAAUCAUAAUGGCAUCUGUAUGUCCCCGUCAAACGAAAGGAAUAACGUGUCGUCACUUGUUAUCUUCGCAAGAUCAUACCAUCGCAUUAUUACAACACAAUAAGUUGGUAUGGACAAGAGAAGAAGCCCUCGCUAGUAUUGUGGCCGUUGAAAUUAUGGAAUUACCUAUGUCUGAUAGAGAUCAAGCUAUUGAAACGGAAUUUGAUCAGAAAGAAAGUAUUGAUGUAGACAGUUCAUGGGAUGUUCUAAGUAUGUUUCUUCGAAGGAUUACUUCGCAGAUUAAUCAAGCCAGAGCAUUCUUCCAAACGUUACUAGACUUCGUGCCUCUACAAUCCAAUCAACGUAUCGAUUUAGUACAAGAUAAAUUUGGUUUACAUAAAAUGAUCGUAGUCGUUACAUCUGCCGGAAAGUUAUAUGGUAUCGAAACCAGAAAGGGUGAAAUUAUUUGGCAAUUCAGAUUACCUAAUAUCCGUGGUUUCACAAAACUAUCUAAUACAAUGAUUUUGUAUGUACAAAGAGGCAGCAGACAUUUUCCUCAUCCACCUCAAUGUGCAUUAUUAGCAGAAGACAAAGAAAGUGGAGAAGGUAUUAUAUAUACCUUUAAUCCGAUUACCGGACAACCGUUGGAUGGAAUGGUGAAACUUGGUUAUAGAAUAAAGCAGUCUAUGUUACUGCAUGUAGCGACUGAUGACUUUUUGCGCGGUAUCCUUAUUCUUGAUGCACGGGAUAAAGUUCAUGUUUAUCCUGAAAGCGCUACGGCGGUUGCAGCUUUAUUUGGAAAAAAUACGUAUCUUUUUACUGCUGAUCAAACGACAGGAAUAUUAUCUGGCUUCUCUCUUUCAUAUAGUACAACUCAGGAGCUAGUCGCUCACAAGGUAUGGGAGCUAUUACUGUGGCCAAGAAAUCAAAGAAUAACACAAGUUGUCGCGAAAAAUCCAAUAGAACGUGUCCACUCUCAAGGGAGAGUCUUAAGUGACAGAUCAGUAUUGUACAAGUACAUUAAUCCUAAUUUAGUAGCUGUGGUGACAGAAGGUAUCGGACAUGCUCAUAAAAAUACGCUUAAUUUGUAUCUAUUAGACGUAGUAUCUGGAGCUAUGAUUUUUUCUGUCACGCAUAAAAGAGUACGCGGUCCAAUCCACAUUGUACAUUCGGAAAACUGGUUGGUAUACAGUUAUUUUAAUGAAAAAGGACGUAGAACAGAAAUCGCUACGUUGGAACUCUAUGAAGGAAAAAUACAGAGUAAUAUCACAGUGUUCUCUUCUUUGGCAACAACAAAAUUGCCUAUUGUAGAAAGACAAGCUUUUAUUUUUCCGGCAUCUAUAGAAUAUAUGCAGGAAACAAUCACUGAAAAGGGUAUCACUAGUAAACAUAUAAUAGUUGCUUUAGCCAAUGGAGGAAUAUUAGAGUUGCCGUGGAUGAUGGUAGAUCCACGACGGCCUAUUAAUCCUGAAAUGCGAGAAGAAGGAGUAAUACCAUAUAUGCCCGAAAUUCCAGUCCAUAUGGAUGCUAUUAUUAAUUAUAAUCAAAGCGUUUCUAGGGUUAUGGGUAUUCAUACUAGUCCCAGUGGCCUUGAGAGUACUUGUUUAGUUUUUGUACAUGGUCUUGACUUGUUUUAUACAAGAGUGGCACCAUCCAAAACAUUCGAUGUCCUAAAAGAGGAUUUUGAUUAUUAUCUUAUUGUGAUAGUACUUGCAGCGCUAUUGAUCUCAUCAUAUAUCACUAAAAAAUUAGCAUCUCAAAAAGCUCAAAAGCAAGCGUGGAAAUGAUGUCUCGUUUUUCUAGAAUUAUGUAAUAUUUAUAAAUCUGUUCACUAUAGACAAGAAUUUUUCCUAAAAAUAACUUGUAAAAUAUACUGUUUU